CUUUUUUUCUUGUCGUUCGUGAAAUACUAAAGGCACGCCGAAAUCAAUUCUGGCAUGAAUACUGGAAACCAACCACAGCGAACGAGUUACAAUGCUCACCAUCCUCCAUUCCAGUUACAACAACGACCUCAACCUCCACAACAAAUGCAACAACAACAUCAUCAACAACAACAACAGCAACAACACCCUUUACAACAGCCAAUUCAUCAUGUACCUGGAUCAGAACCACGUCCUCCAAUGUUCAACCAAGUUCAAGGAAUGCCGCCUCGUCCUCCACUCUCGGUAGCACAGCAGUCAUCAUCUGUUAGACCACAACCAUUACAACAUGCUCAGGGAAGACCACCUUUAGUACAACCCAAUCUCGUUCAACCACAUGUUCAACAAUCAGGAUUUUUACCUAGACCUCCUCAACCCAUCCCUCCUCAAGCACAGCAAUCUGUGCCUCAAAUCACUCAACCGCAACAACAGCAGCAACAACCAACUUCUCCAGGAAAACCUCAACAAUCUCCCUCACCUAAUUUGGUACCUUCUAUGCAAGCCAUGUCUUUACAACAAGGAAAUUCAUUACGACCUGGUCAACCUUCUCAGCAGGAUCUAUCAUUGCAACACGGUCAACCACUUCAAUCUCACCCACAGCAACAAACAAUACGGUCUCAAUCCCCUCUUCCAUCUCAACAGAGUCAAUCAUCGCAGACAUUCCAUCCUCAAACAGUUCAACAAUCUCAACAAGUGCAACAAGGACAACCACCAGUUCAGCCUAUUUCAUCCGCACCGAAACAAACAUCUUCUGGAAGAACAAAACGAGUCUAUGCUGUCAACCCUGAGGUUGCUGGAACCACAAUACCAGCGAGUGCUCCUUGGCCUCAUGGAUUGAAUCCACCUCAUCAAUCUCAUCCUCCAAUGUCUCGUUCGCCAGUGAUGAGUUCUAUUCGUCCUACUUCAAAUACUAGUAUGAUGAAUAAUGUCAACCCAAAUGCCAUGUCAAGACCAAUACAACAACCUGCUCAACAGAUUCCUUCUGAUCUUCGACCUCCUCAACAACCGAAGCCUCGUAUUGAUCCUGACCAAAUGCCUGCCCCUGUACAAGUACGUGAGCAAGAUCAAAUUUUAUUUGAAAAUCAAUUUUUUGGAACUGUAGAAAGAGAACGUGUACCUUUAGCGACAACAGAUUACAUUGGACUUGAUCAGGGCAAUAGUAACCCUCGUUAUAUUCGUGCAACAACGGACAAGAUACCAUUUAGUAAAGAAUUAGCAGAUACCGCAAAAUUACCUAUUGGAUUGAUUGUUCAACCUCUUGCAAAACGGCGAUCUGAUGAAGUGGCAAUUCAAGUGGUUGAUCAUGGUGAAGAAGGACCCGUUCGAUGUAUACGUUGCCGUGCUUAUAUCAAUCCUUGGUGUGAAUUUGUGGAAGGUGGUGCCAGAUUUAUUUGUUCAAUCUGUUCUCAUGCAAAUACCGUACCUUCCUGGUAUUUCUCCAAUACUGAUAUGUCAGGUCGUCGAGUGGAUAUUGAACAAAGACCGGAAUUACGAUAUGGGUCCAUUGAAUUUGAAGUGCCCAAAGAUUAUUACUCUACUCGUCAACCUACUCCAUUACAUUGUGUAUUUGCUAUCGAUGUUUCUGCUCAAGCUAUUCGAUCUGGUAUGUUGAAAUCGUGUUGUGAUGCCCUCAAAAUUGCUCUUUACUCAAACUCUCUGGAUCAGCCAAAGUUAUCAUCUGGGAACAAAAUUGGUAUCUUAACCUUUGAUAAAGAUGUUCAGUUUUACAACCUUCAUCCUUCCUUAUCACAGGCACAAAUGCUUGUAGUUCCUGAUAUCACUGAUAUGUUUUGUCCUCUUCAAGCCGGUUUCUUUGUAGAUAUCGAACAAUCAAGAGACAUUAUCAUUGAACUUUUAGAUGGAUUGCCGACCAUGUUUCAAGAAAAUGCUCGAGCUGAAUCCGUAUUUACUGCUGCUGUUCAUGGAGGAUUACAAGCAUUGGAAAAUAUUGGUGGUCAAUUAUUUGUAUUCCAAUCAUGCCUUCCCAAUUAUGGUCCGCAAGCCCUGAAACCGCGUGAUGAUAAGAAUAUGUAUAAUACCGACAAAGAGAAAUCAUUGAUGCAACCUCAAGAUGAAAAAUACAAGGACUUGGCAAAGGAAUGCGUUCAGAAAGCUGUAUGUGUCAAUACAUGGGUGUUUCCCAAGGAAUAUAUGGAUGUGGCUACUGUGGGCGUGAUAUCUGAAAUGACGGGAGGUGAUAUCCGUUAUUAUCCUAAUUUUGAUUAUACCAGCGAUGCUCUCAAUAUACAAUUCCAACUCGAUCAUGAUUUACAACGUGAAAUUGGUUAUGAUGGUGUUCUUCGAAUUCGAUGCUCUGAUGGACUGCAAGUCGUUGAUCAUUAUGGAAACUGUAAUAUGAGUACUUAUACAGAUAUGGAAUUAGCCGGUGUAGAUGAAGACAAGGCAAUAGCAGCUGUGUUGAAACAUGAUAGCAAAAUGGAUGUCAAUCGUGGAGUGUCAUUCCAAUGUGCAUUACUUUAUACGACAAAAGAUGGUCAUCGUCGAGUUCGUGUACACAAUUUGAAUGUAUCAGCAACUUCUGAAAUAGCUGAUGUGUUUAGACAUGGUGACGCUGAUACAACUGCAAGUGUUAUACUUCGAAAAGCGAUCUUUGAUCUUCAACACAAAAAUAGAAAAGAUAUCCAUCAAAAAUUGACUGAACAAUGUGUACAAAUUUUGACAGCCUAUCGUACAAACUGUGCAUCAUCAACGUCACCUGGCCAAUUGAUUCUUCCGGAGGCGUUCAAACUACUUCCCGUUUAUAUUCAUGGUGCUAUUCGAUCUAAGGCUCUACGUGGAGUGGGUGUUGAUAUGAAUACAGAUUGCCGAUCAGCAGGAAUGCGAUUAUUCAAUGCAUUGAGUGUGAAGGAAUUGGUAUGGUCAUUAUAUCCACGAUUAUUUCCUUUGCAUACUAUGGAUAAGGAGUGUGGGAAACAAGAAAUGAAUGGAUAUAUCAAGCUUCCACCUAUGAUACGUACUUCUUAUGAACGUUUGGAUACGGCUGGUGCUUACUUACUGGAUACUGGGUAUGAUGUGUAUAUUUGGUUAGGGAAGAAAGUCCCAAGCACUUUCCUUCAAGAUCUUUUUGGUGUAGCUAGUAUAGAUCAAGUAGAUCCCAAAAUGACGUUACUUCCUGGUUUAGAUACAGAUUUGUCGCACCAAGUACAUGGGAUUUCUAGAAAGUUACAGUUGGAUAGAUCGCAUUAUUUACAAUUGCAUGUGAUUCGCCAAGAUAUGGAUCCUCUUGAAUUUAUUUUUUCUACCUGGAUGACUGAAGAUCGAAAUGCUGAAGUGCAAACUUAUGUGGAUUAUAUGUGUGUUUUACAUCGAAAGAUUCAAGAAGAAAUGAAGAAGAACUAGUAUAUGUAUCUCUUUUAGAUUUGUCUUCUAUAGUCUAGAUAUCAUUAUUUAUGUAUUUCGAAACACUUAAAUAAAGAACCCAUUUUUUUUUU